CCCUGGCCUACGGACUCUGGCCAUGGCUUCGGGACCCGGCGGGAGCUGGGGUAGCGCUGUAUCACAGAGUGCAGUCCCCACGCCCUGGGUGACCAUCCUGCAACCCCUCCCGUGGGCCGUCCCACCCCCGCCCUCGCAGCCCGGCCGCGUGAAGGAAGACCUGCUGGAGCUGAUGAUGCUGCAGAACGCGCAGAUGCACCAGCUGCUGCUGAGCCGCCUGGCCGCGGGGGCGGGGGCGCUGAGCCCCGCGCGCGACUGGCCCAGCCCGCAGGUCUACCUAGAGGAUCAACAGGAAGAACUGCAGGAGCAGAUGGACACCCAGGAGGAAGGGCCUCUGGUGUUCCACCACCACUACCUGCCCUGUCCAGUGCCCUCCCAGGGCCCCCUACCACUCUGGCCAGCCCCUUUCCUUCCCCCGCCCCCACACCAGCCCCUCUUGCAGGAGGCACCCAGGAUUCAGCACCGGCCUCCUCCCUCCCAGAAAAGGGGGAUGAGAACUGUGCCCCCGCCCCCACCCCCCAGUGCCACAGGGACUGUGGGUGCAGAUGUACCUCCUGCUUCAGGUAGGGGGCUGGGUAGGUGUGCAGUGGGCCCAAGCCCAGGAGUGGAUUGGGAGGCCAGGAGGGCCGUGUGCCCUGUGUGGGGGCAUCUGCUCUCACUGACGUGGGUACUGGGCUGCCCCCUUCUGUAUUCCUCCUUGGGGUCCACUGGGGCAGGAGGGAGGCCAAGAUGGGGUGCUAUCUCCCUAGACUACUACGAUGUUUAGAGUAUGCCAUGAGGAUGGAUGCCUGUGGGGGCCACGCCUGCUUCAGCGCAAGACAGAAAACAGUCUGGAAGUUUCCGCCUGCCCCUCUGCUGUCUGUCGACUCUGCACCCUUGCUGACAGCCUUUCUUACUGGCUCAACCUCAGCCAGCCCCUCUCCACUGUGGUUUUUAACGGGCCCGUAAACGUUCCUUCUUGCCCCUUCCAGGGCUUGAAGGCCACAAAACCCAGCUCUGCCUCACUGUCUCCUGCCUGGACUAGAGGCGAACGCGGUGCCAGAGCCCCAGGCCCACCUUUGUCCCUCACUCCUCCUUCUGGGAUGACAAAGAUGGUGGGGCUGCCUUUUGGCCUAAUAAUGGGGCAGGAGAGAAGACCAAUGCUCCUGUUUUCCCAGAUCUUGAAGACCUCCUUGGGGGAGAGAAGGGCCCAGAGUGGUGGAGGAGAGGCUAGCUGGGUAGGACGUGGAGCUGAGCCAGUUCCCUUGGGCCCCCUCCUCAUACAGUAGGAAAGAGAGUCAGUGUUGAGUCCUGAUCCCACUAGGAACAGCCCGAGGUCCCCUAGGGCCAGGUGAGAGCAGUGACCUCCUCCUCCAAUAGGAAUUCACGACUGGGGGCCAGAUAAGGGUGGUGUUGGAUAAUGGCCAGUCAGCCAGAGGUGCCCUGAGCCUGGGUCAGCAGAGCCCUGGAAGACCCUAUGAAGGAGAAGACAGGAAGGAGGCUGAGGGACCUGUGGGGCCAGAAGUCCAUGCCUGGUGCCUUGUCCUUCUCAACUGUUGACUGUUAUCCCAGGAGCAGACAUGGAGGACACAGGGUUAAGUCCAGGCAUUUGUAUUCAGGCUAGAAAAGAAAUGUCCCCAGGGUCCUGGGCUGCUGUCAUAGUCCUUCAACCAGGGCCGGACCACAACCCUGAGGAGUCACGUUGAGUUCCAGCAGUCACCAUGGCUGUGGCCACGCAGCUCACGCAGGCUGUGCCCGGAAGACCUGGGGCAGCCUCUUCCAGGCAGCACGCACCCCAUAGGUGCCUGUCCGCCUCUGGCGCCAGUGCUGGCCGAAGAUAAAGCAGAGCAGGACGGACGUCACGAACAAGAACAGCAGUACUGACACGACUGGGAAAAUGAUGAUCGUCUGGUUGUUCAGUGUGGGUUCUGGGGAAGGAGGAGGCGGUGGUCUUAGAAGUCCGCAGGUGCCACCCAUCACGCACACCCAGUCAUUCACCCAGCAGUCACCCUGGUUGCCAAAAGAAAGGUCACAUGGUGUCUGCCUCCAGAGUGGGAUGUAGGAUAAAGGUGACCCAGGCCUCAGGCACCAAUGCGACUGUGAGGGCAGAUGUCCCCCCUGCUAGCAGCUCCUGAGACCAGCAUGUAGCUGAGCACCAUGGCCUGGAGCUGGGCUGGUCCAGAGUAAGCCUCACCAGGCAGAGCCCAGUGCGUUCUGUGCAAACAGGCUUCCUGUUGGGAGAGAAUGCUUUGGCCACCGAGAGUCAUGGAACAGCUGUGCCUCAGGGGCCUUAUGGGUCAGGCAGACCAGCCUGCCAUUGCAGAAAGCAGCCACGGGCAGAGAGAGCACGUUGCCUUGGUCAAGGCCACACAGCUCAUGAAUAGCCAAGCACCGAGUUGAGCUCUCCUGACUGCUGGAACACACAGGGUCUGGCUGGGGACUUGAGAGAAUCAGGAAACGGGGGAGAAUAAAGAGGAGCUCUCAGGAUGACAUAUGCACCCCAACCUGCCCGAGAGUGGGGCUCAAGGCUGAGAGGGAAUGCUGUCUCCCUUCACCUCUGCCCUUGGGGUCUCCUCACCAUAGACCUCGAGGACCUGGUUUUCCGAGAUGCUGCGAAAGACACUCCCACCGCGAGCCCGCAGGUCCAGCUCAGCCUGACAGGAGAAGUUCAGGAGGCCAUCCUCUUUGUUUGCUGUGCUGUUGAGGGCGACUCUGGCCUCUUGGGGGGCAGGUGCUCCCCCACUAAAGGUCUGGCUGUGCAGGGUCUCCUUGCCACGGAGCAGGGUGAGGGUGAGGCUCUCAAUAGGCUCCACAGUGGGCACCCUGCACUCGAUAGUGAAAGGUUUGCCCAGGGUCACCCACAUGGGCUGCAGCUUCAGUGUGACCUGCUUAGGAAGCUCUGUGGGGAUGAAGGAGGAAGGACUGGUCAGCAUGGGGGUGUGUCUCCACAGGCCCUACCUGGCCAAGGUCACUUUGGUGUUCCAGGAAUUAUAGGGGAGGAAGUGGGUUGGGGUCUGGGUUGCUCCAGUGUGAUGAGAGGAGGAAAGAAGAAUUAAGGCUGAAGGAGGUGCCAGGUGGUAGAUCUGUGGAUGUGAUUAGGAGAAUAGACAAGAUGGAGGUGAGCUGGUGUCUACAAAGAAAAGGUCCAGAAUUUGUACAGCUAGCUG